AUGAAUCUUUUGGACUCUGACUGGAUCGUUCCUUAUCUUUUAGCUCAGAAAAGAGAAUUGAAAUCCUAUAAGGAACUGUCAGGUGAUGAACAGCAAGAUAUACAGCAGGUCUUAUUUAUUAUGGACAAAUUUUGCAUUGUGGAAGCAGCAUACCACGAGCUAACUUGUUGUCCAGGUGGAGAAGAACUUCCUAGGUCCUAUCUUGUUAAACAGUGUAAAGAUAAUUUAAACAAGCUCUGUUAUAUCGAUGCUCUCAAUUUCUAUGAUGCGUUAAGCACUGUCAUUGAAAAGAUGGUAAGUUUACUUCUGAAAUAUAGACCACAUAGACUAUAUACAGCAGACCAGAUCCAUUUUCAGGAGUCAGUUGCAGAAAUCAUUGUUGACAGUGAGGAUGGUCUGGGGGAAAAGUUGACAUUUGUAUCUGGGUAUUAUAAUCACUUCUAA